GUACGUUGACCAUUAAUUGUCAGGUAUUGAACUUAAAUCAUCAUUAAAUCAAGAUAUAUGCAAUUUGCCUUCCUUAACUGAUUGCUAAAUGUUGUGCUGUAACAGAAGAAUUUCAAGUUUUUGACAUCCUAAAUGUCAUUCUUACCCACCACAGCAUCUGAUAUUAUUCCCCCAAGAAGAAUGCUGCAACAGAACAACAACAAUAACUGCUUGGACAUGGCCCAUAGGGAGCUACUGCAUGAAUGCCGAAGAACCAAUGUCUCAUUCGCCAGUGCCCUUGAGUUUGGUGCCAUACCCCUGAUUAAAGGCCUGAGAGCAUGGGCUGUGAGUGGCGGCUACUCGAAAGCCAGAAGAAAGGCCGCUAAUGGAUCUCGGGCACAGGGCACAUGCCAACAGCCUCCUGAAAACAGGCUAGGGCAGAGAAGCUGGUCAGGUCAGGUCAGCAGUGGCUAUGGGCACACAAUGGAGAGCACAAUUAGUGCAACCAGAACUCCAGGGGUCAGGCAAGGCGGUCUUGGCGCUCUUGUUACUGUGGCCACUUUGAAGGGCACUGAGGGGGGUGGUAGGCAGACUCAGACACGCUGCCUCUUUCUCAAGGCCCAGGGCAGGGGCAGCUACAUCUGUGCUGUUGGAAACCGCGGGACUGGGACGAGAGUCACGGCUCCACGGACUCACGCUGUCAUUCUUGAGGGGACAAAGGAAGAGCUUAGAUGUUCCUCUAAAGGGAAGAAGGUGAGCCAGGAUGGGCCAGAUGAUGGUGGAUUGUUCAAGGCCAAGCCCAGGGCCAUACGAAAAUGGAGGAAAUGCGGUAAAACAAUGGAGAAAAGAACAGCGGCUCACGGCAAAGGGGAAAACACUAGUCAGCGCAGUGACCAAAAAAAUGCAGUGAUUUCAGAUGCACAACCACUUAACAUAACACAAGGCCAGACGGGUAGCAAUCCAAGUCGGGACGACUUGAAGUUGAAGGGCAAAGACAAAAGGGCUCAUUCCCCCAUAUUAGUGAAAGCUGUCACACCCGAGAGCACAGAUCCACAAACCUGCUGCUCUUCUGCCAAACCAGGUGAGCAGGUUGAAGAUGAAAUGAGCCUUAAUCAAUCCGAUAACUGUUCUGAAAAAGAAUUCAGUUGUGCCAAUGUGCAAGGAGACACUGAGGUCAGUAAAUGUGACCUUGAUGCAAAUGAUCGCCAGAACUUUGUUGCUGAUGUGCCUAACCUAGGGUCAUCUGUGGCAUCUGAGACUCACUCUGAUAGUCUAAGGAUCAAACUGACCACAACAAACUGUAAUACUGAGCCAAGCAUGGAUCAUUCUCCCAUGAUAACUCCCUCAGAAGUCCCUAUCAGCAUUCAGAAGAAUCAAGAAUCCAGGCCAGACGAGCGCCUAGUAGACCGUGAGAAUCUACACUCGGUGGAGCCCGGCGAUCUUGCAACACAGAGAGAUGGGACUCCAGACACAAAGAAUACAGUUUUGCCGGAGGGCCGCACUCCAGUGGGUGCUGAAUGUAGCACUACAGAAAAGAAAAGGAGGCCGUCCAUGUGCUCACCUCAGCAUUGGGAGGAAUUAAUCACAGAGCAUGGAGAACAUGAAGUUCAGCAGUCUGACAAAUCCUCUUCACGAGGCUUUAGCGCAACAACCGCCAAUAUAACUGUAACCACGAUUCACUCCCUGGUUAAUCCUGCCCCUACCACCACCGCAGCCAUAGCAACAGCCAUCCCGGCAUUAAGCGAGGCGGAGGCUAGAGGUGGAGACUUGCUGCCUCUGGUGAACUCAGAGUUGCUAUCAGAGCCGGCAAGAGUUGACGACAAGGACAAGGUGGCCGCUGACGAGGGGUCUCUUGAUGUGGGCGAGGAGGAGGAGGAGGAGUUUGGGGCAUUCAUGCAGGCAGGAGGAGAGCAGCUGUGGACGGAUGGGUUCAGUGAGGUCCAACAGUUGGCUGAGGAUUACAACUGUGAGGAACACACAAGUUCUGUUGAUGCAAAUGAACCCGCAUCCUGGGCAUCUGAUUGGACUGCAGUCCAGUCAUUCCAGCAGUCAGAGAGCACAUGGACUGCCUUCAGCCAGGAGACUGUGGAGCAGAAGAUAGUGCCUGGUGGCCAUUGGUGGCUUUCUACUGAAAAACCAAACCUUCCUCUCUCUCCUCUCCAUAAUGUGUCAAAUGUGUUUCUAGAGGCCUUUCCCUCAGAAAUGUCCCCCUGUGAAGAUCCUGAAUACAUUCCUACACUAAAGCAGCUUCUGCAAGGACCAGCUGAAAACAGCAAUACAGGGGAGCACAAGGAGCAGAGCUUACUUGAUGGCCUCCAGGAUCUAGACCGGAUGAUUGGUGUGAAAUAUAAGAGGGCGGAGUCUCUGUCCUGUAAACUUCUCCUUCAGUCACUGCAUUUGCAACGUCCCAGCUCUGAAUGUGCGACAGUUCGACUGAAGACCAGUGCCAGGUUUUCUCCAAAUCUCCCAACGUCCAACCAGCAAUUAGCUGCAAAUGCUAAGAGAAGACUGUCAUAUGACUUCAACAGAAAUAUCAUGACCUAGUCUCGAUAUCUGCUGAAGCUCUUUGACCUAUGCUUCCUUGAAAACAGGAAAUACAGGACAGAUGCUGAAAAACUGAGUUUCCAUAGAUCGACUUCUAUUCAAGGUUUAUUUAAAGUGUAUUUCUUCUUUCAGUGUCUGGUAGAUUCUGUUUUUCAUUCAGCUGUGUAUCAAGACACACUAGACCCAUGUUUAACCAAAUAUAUAUUUUUUAGGACAAAUAUAAAAAAUGUCAAGUUAAAAACCCCUUUGCCAAAUUGUUCGGUCCAGUUAUUGGAGUCUGGUUAUUGGACCCAUUUUGAUAUAACUGAUAUAUUCCGAUAAAAAUAUGUCAGUAUGUAUUUGUGUAUUCAUUGCUAUGGAUUCUAUUUGUUAGAAUAAGAAUAUUUUUCUGGAGUCAUAGCAAACCAGUUAGUGCACAUUCUCACAGGCAUGUAGAUUCAUAUCUGGCCUGUCACAUCCUGAACCACGUCCCAAAAUUUCCUUUCUACUGUCUCACAUGACGUACUGUAAAAUUGAAUAAAAAAAUAAUAAUGUGAUUUUAGGGGGAUUAGGAUCAACUCUAGCUCCCCCGCAAUCUCUCCUUCGCCUGUCUGAAACUGUCAAAGCAAAUUUCCACAAAAUGUAUUUUCAUACACCACCUCACACAGAAAUCCAUUUUCUUGUUUCCAUGUCUUUUUUUCCCUGUGCUUGAAGUACUAAAUAUAACACUGUAGUGUACCAUUUUUAACUCCUGACGAAUAGAGACCAUAUUUUCAGAAGUGUUUUAAAAUGAAUGUCGACAUUUUAAAUUGAACCUGUAAGCUUGUUUGUUGAUUGAUGUAAUUAAAACAUAUUUGAAGGACUGAAUGAAGUGGAUAACUG